AUGUCGUCUUCUAAAAUCCAGGUACGAGGGCAGCCACUUCCUAGAGUUCCGGCAAGAAACCACCGUAUGAUAAAUUCGGUUGGUUGUGGAGUUUCCAUAAAACGUCACCACCUUGUAAGUAAUGUACUCAGUGGUAAGAGUGGUCCAACGUUGGGUUCUGUCCCAACAAGAACCGACGAGAGCCAGUUUCUUAGUGGCGACGGUAACGGUAGAUUUGGGAGGUUCGGUGGAAAGUUUGUACCGGAGACAUUGAUGUCUCGUCUGAGAGAUCUUGAAGAUGCAUUUAAUUUUGUUUUGAGCGAUCACGAAUUUCAGGAGGAGCUUACCACAGCGUUAAGAGACUACGUAGGAAGAGAAACGCCUCUCUACUUCGCCGGACGAUUAACCGAACACUACAAGAACCUAGCUCGAACCACCGAAGGAGGAGGUGGACAAAGCGGUGGGCCCGAGAUCUAUCUGAAAAGGGAAGAUCUUAGCCACUGUGGGUCCCACAAAAUCAACAACGCUCUCGCUCAGGCCAUAAUCGCCAGGCGGCUUGGUUGCAGCCGUGUGGUCGCCGCCACAGGAGCCGGGCAACAUGGGGUCGCCACGGCGGCUGCAUGUGCUAAGCUCUCCUUGGAGUGUACUGUUUUCAUGGGAACUACUGAUAUAGAGAAACAAAUGUCUAAUGUACUUUCCAUGAAACUGCUUGGUGCUCAGGUGAUAUCAGUGGAAGGAACAUUCAAAGAUGCAAGCUCAGAGGCGAUUCGAAACUGGGUCGAGAAUCUAUAUAGCACGUACUACUUAUCGGGCACGGUUGUAGGACCGCAUCCGUGUCCGAUAAUGGUACGCGAGUUCCAAUCCGUGAUUGGUAAAGAGACGAGAAGCCAAGCAAAUCAACUAUGGGGUGGUAAGCCUGAUGUAUUGGUGGCUUGUGUGGGAAGUGGCUCAAACGCAUUGGGUUUGUUCCAUGAGUUUGUUGGGGACGAGGAUGUGCGGUUAGUUGGGGUCGAGGCCGCGGGGCUUGGUCUGGAUUCAGGGAAACAUUCAGCUACUUUGGCCGUUGGAGAUAUUGGUGUGUACCAUGGUGCCAUGAGCUAUUUAUUGCAAGAUGAUCAAGGACAGAUACUUAAACCACAUUCCGUAGGAGUAGGGUUAGAAUAUCCCGGAGUUGGACCGGAGAUUAGCUUUCUAAAAGAAUCUGGAAGAGCCGAGUUCUACACAGCAACAGACCAAGAAGCCAUUCAAGCGUGCAUGCGAUUGAGUAGAUUGGAGGGAAUAAUCCCGGCAUUGGAAGCGUCUCACGCGCUCGCUUUCCUUGACAAACUCGUUCCUACUCUGCGUGAUGGAGCCAAAGUGGUCGUGAAUUGCAGUGGCCGUGGCGACAAAGAUCUUGAAACUCUCAUCCAACGAGGCAUAUUGCCCUCUUCUCCUUGUUGA